AAUCAAAACCAUGGAAUCUAUCAAAGUCCAAAUCCCUAAAUCAGAUCAUCUCUCUUCGCAAAAGCCAACUCCAUACCUUUCCUCCAUGGCUUCUUCAUUGUUUUCCCAAACAAGCAAAAUCCCCAAUCUGGAUACUUCCCCAAUAAACCCGUGAACGAAAAAAACUUCACUUUUUCUCUUAAAAAUCUUCUCUUUUCAUCUGGGUCUUUAACUUUUUGUGUGUGAAAGCUAAAUAGAUUUUUCGAUCAAUUUGAAAAACCCAGCAAGAAAAAUAAAGUCUUUCUCUUUUUUUUUUUUUAAAUCAUCUUCUUCAUCAUGACUACAGCAACUUCGAUGAAUCCAUCUCUCUUUCGUGUAAUCUGUAUACUCCAUUCGAUAAUCGCUCUAACUAGUGGAACCCUAAUGAUGUUCUACACUGAGAAAGCUUCGAUCUUUGGACACGGAAGAGAGAUUGCGAGCAAAAUAAAAGGAUCAACGCCACACGAUGAGCUACUCAUACAGAUUUCUCAGUCAUUCUCUGGUUUGCUUCUCUUUGCGAUUGGCUUGGUACUGUUUAUGGUGUCUUUCGUUAAAGACAGAGAGUUUCAUAGCUUCUUCGCUGGAGGUUCUGUGGUUCUCUAUGUGUUAAUGGCUUCGUGGAGAGUUUUGUUCGAGUGGAAAAUUGAAGAUCUUGCUUAUGAAUGGCCUAAACAAGCUCUUGGAGACAUAGCUUUGGGGAUAUCUUGGGUUUUCUUUCUUGUUUAUUCGUGGAGAGAGAAGUAUGAUUAAAUGAUGAUGUCUUUGAUAAUUUUUUCUUUUAACUUGUGGGCUAAGCAAAAAGAUUUCAUCUUCAGAUUUGGUAAAGAGCAAACUGAAAUCAUCUAUCAUAAUUCAGACCAGACCAGAUCAGAUCAGAUCAGAUCAAACAAUUAAUUGUUUGGACUCACAGAUUCAAAACAUCAAGGAUUU